AAAGCCUCAAGAAACGUGUGAAACAAAUGACUGGCGCUCCGAGGCCUUAUAAGAUACGAUUGUAGCAAGGCCGUUCUUGCAGGCUUCCAGUCUCGUCUCCACUGAACCAUGAGGUUGCUGCUGUUGCUUUCUCUAGUGUCUCUCUCCCUCUACCUCGCAGAGGGAGUGACUUUGGUGUGCUACUUCAGCUCCUGGGCAGUGUACAGACAAGGGGCCGGGAAGUUCGACAUAGAAGACAAUGAUCCUACCCUGUGCUCCCACCUCAUCUAUGCCUUCGCUGGACUUGGCACCAACAAUGAGAUCAAGGUCUUAGAUCCCUAUAACGAUCUGUGUGAAAACUGGGGAAAGUGUGGUUACGAUCGUUUCACUAAGCUGAAGGAGAAGAACAUUUAUCUGAAAACGAUUUUGGGCGUCGGAGGAUGGAACGAAGGAUCCACAAAGUACUCGGAGAUGGCGGCAGAUCCGGCCAAAAGGAAGAUCUUUAUAGACUCAUCGAUAACUCUGCUGAAGAAGCAUGACUUCGAUGGUCUGGAUAUGGACUGGGAGUAUCCAACGCAGAGAGGUGGCAAUCCAGAAGAUUACGUCAAUUACAUCACCUUGCUGAAGGAGCUCUCCGAAGCCCUGCAUGCCGAGGGCAUGAUCCUGACCGCUGCCGUAUCAGCCGGCAAAGCCACCAUAGACCCUGCCUACAAUAUUCCCGAGAUGUCGAAGUACCUGGAUGUGAUCAACCUUAUGACCUACGACUUGCAUGGAAGCUGGGAGCCUUAUACGCACCAUCACUCCAUACUGUACGCUCACCCGAACGAUACCGGGGAGACUCUCUGGCUCAACCAGGACUUCGCUGUGAACUACUGGAUCGAAAAAGGAGCUCCGAAGGAAAAGAUGGUCUUAGGGGUCCCAUUUUACGGACGCACUUUUAGACUUAAAGACGAAACAAACACUGGCAUCUAUGCCCCGGCACCAAACCCUGGGAUGGCUGGACCUUACACAAGGCAAACUGGAUUUUUAGGCUACAAUGAGAUUUGUGAAGCACAGUCGAAAACCUCAUGGACAAUUGUGCACGAUCCAAACAUGAAUGAGCCCUAUGCAUACUACUUCCCUUAUAACUAUAUAUGGGUAGGAUACGAGGAUCCAGAUUCCGUUGCAAUUAAGGCCCAAUAUGCCUUAGAUAAAGGCCUCGCCGGCUGCAUGGUGUGGAGCGUCGAAACAGACGACUUCCACGGCACCUGUCACGGUAGGGAGUUCCCUCUUCUCAACACCUUGCUGGAGGUCCUCAGUGGCGGAGUCGUGACAAAACCACCAACAGCCCCGCCAAAAACAACGACCACGAGGGACCCAUCAGCGCCGACAACGACAACUCCAAGAGUGACCGGAGCCCCCGGCGUUCACUGCAGCAAGAUGGGUCCUAAUGCUGACGCAGAUGACUGUACACAUUACUACAUCUGCGAUAAGGAUUCCUCAGGGUGGAUAGAGUUCGAGUACCACUGCUCAGACGGAACCCUUUUCAAUCCCGUGGGUCUCAUCUGCGACUGGACGGACAGUGUCUGCUCUCAAGGCUAUUGCAAGAAUGACUGCCCAUAAAUUGAGCGAUAGUCCUUUUAAAAUAUAUACAUACAAACACCCGCACAUAUUUAUAUA